GGAAAAGCUCCCUGACACUUCUCCAUGCUGUAGCUUUCUCCCACAUCAUGUGCUGCUGCCACAUGGCUGAGAGGCAUCAUGUUAUUAUAAAUGCCAAGCUCACACACGGGGAGAAGCAGCAAAAGCCCAGCUGGUACUGACUUAAAGAGACACGAAUGAUGUUGCAGAAGCCCCCCAGUAUAGCCAGAGGAAGUGGGCGAUGUGUAGUUUCCUGCAGAUUGAGUGCGAUGCUUGUGGGCGGAGUCUGCUCUCUAAAGCUUCUGCUUCCCUUCCAGCUGCUGAGCUGGGAGAGUCUCACACACAGCUCUAAGGGCUACCCGCCUGCCUUGUGCAUCUGUGCACCCUCACAUCAGCACGCAAAUCCCCUUAGAGUUCUAAUGGCCAGCAAUAACACAGCCAGUAUAGCUCAAGCCAGAAAGCUGGUGGAACAGCUAAAAAUGGAAGCCAAUAUUGACAGAAUAAAGGUAUCGAAAGCAGCAGCUGACUUGAUGGCUUACUGUGAAGCUCACGCCAAGGAAGACCCACUUCUUACCCCAGUGCCUGCAUCAGAAAAUCCAUUUAGAGAGAAGAAGUUUUUCUGUGCCAUCCUGUAGAACGGAAGCUACCUUUUGUGCGAUCAGGCUCCCCGAAAACUGAUGUAGAAUUUGGAACAUCAAUGGACCCAUGCAGUCUGCAGAUUUAUUAGAGAAUUCAUUUAUAAAGAUAAGCCUGGGAGCUGCAUUUGCACACAUGUCCAAAGAAAUGUGUCACCAUGGAGGUUAAAGACCAUGAAAUACAUCAUGAUAAUACAUACUAGAGAAGGGAGAUUAUGUACAGUAAAAGCUAUGUCAUUUUUAAGUUCUAAAACUGUUUCCCUUUUUUUUUUCCUUUUGUUUUUGAGACAAACCGUUUCUGAUGCAUAUAUUUAAGGAUUUUGGGCAUAAUAUUUAAUUUAAAUGAAAUUGUCAUUUCUAGCUGCAGGAUAUAUUUGCCAUGGUGUUCUUAUUAUUGUGCAUUGUUACAUUAGGGUAGCACAAGGAUAAUCUUCUCAGCAGGAAGUGUAGAACUAUAACCAACACUCGCAGUGUGUAAUAGGGAGCUAGCCAGAACUCAGAACCAGUUUACUCUGCUAAGGUUAUUUGUAUUCUAGGAAAGCAUUGACCACAAUGUUUUUAAUUGUUCUGUUUGUUUUUUUUAGUCUAAUGGGAAGGCAUGUCAUGUGCUGUACUUUUGAUACCUAUUUUUGUGAUUUUUUGGAAGGCAUUGUUUGUGCAUGAAAAAUAAAACAAUAUGAUUUCAGUCUAGGCCCUUUUGGAAAAGGCCCUGUUCACACUGGAGACUUUAUCCCUGUAAUGAACUGCACUCACCAUGUCUGUAAGUUGUGUGGUGGAAAAAAAUGCAUUCUUGCAUAACUGCCCGCAACAAAUUGCAACCUACAAAGUAACCCGUGUGGUCAGGUCUUAUAGCUGCAAAGGUCAAGCACUAAAAUUAAACUAAAAAAUAUAGCAGCAUGUUAGGUUUCCUAUUCACCGCUUAGGUGGCUUUGCCAACUGGGCCUACCAACUGUGUGAAACUACAAAAACUAGAACUUGAAUAUCUGUGCUACAUGAAGGCAUUGUCACACGAUUAUGUGAUUUAAGAAUGUGAUUUUGUGCGGGUGACAAAAGCACCCUGUGUGCUGUCACCCUUAAGCUAGAAAAUACUGCACUUAGUGGGUGUCUGGGAUGUAAGAGGACUUUUCUGCAAUC